CCUGGGAAUCCGCUGCUUCCCAUUCCAGGCGCAGGGGCACAACAUGGCGGAUUAGGAGGCGAGCGACGCGCCCGGAUACAACCAACAAAUCGUGGGAUACUGAUUCCCCGUGUCGCGGAGAAGGCAGGAAUAUAGGCUUUUCGGAAAGCUAGCGCACACCUUUAAGACUUACCGAGACAUGGAUUUUGGAGACCAGUAAGCGCCUUAUUUGCUUUGCCCCACUCCAAAUUGGCUGUCUGUCCGAGAUCAUUCCUAUCACCCAGGCCCCCCACCCCGAACACACUCUCGGUUCCUGGGGUGCGGAGACAGGGGCCGGGGAAGUGGAAAACAAUAGCACUUUAUCUGGAACAUCAGGUUCCGUGGCGCGGGACAGGACUGUCAAGGAGAUCAUUGUGCGGAUGAGUGAGUGAUGCAAGUUUCGUUUCUCCAGGGCAGUAUGGGUGUGUGUCCCCUGCUCCUGCUACUCCUCGUAGCCUUUGUGGCCCUCAGCACGGCCCAGACACUCCCUGGCCCUUCAGGUCCAGUCCUGACUACCGAACCUACACACCCUCCUUCCACAUCACCCGCUACAUCCAUCCAGGAUCCCCUAUCAUCCACCCCAUCUGCGGCACCGUCUCCUGAACUUGUAACACCAGGACUCAAUGACUCCAUGGGCGUGGGGACCCCAGAGGCUCCUACUGGCCCUCCUCUUGUUGUCCCUUCAACUGUGCCUGUCUCUACCGAGGCAUCUGCUGUGUCCCCGGCCCUCACCACCGUCAAGACUACAGUUUUAUCUACAUCAGAGCCCCCUACACCUGAGCCAACACCCACUCAGCCCACUUCAGAGCCUGAGACAGACACUCCAUCGGCCCCUACAGAUGCCACCACAGCUGACAUCAGCAAGCCUCCAGAUGAUGAUGGGCAAGAUGACACUGCGAUCAUGGCGGUGAUGGUUGCCCUGUCCUCUCUGCUGGUCAUUGUCUUCAUCAUCAUUGUCCUGUAUAUGCUCAGGUUUAAGAAGUACAAGCAGGCAGGGAGCCACUCCAAUUCCUUCCGCCUGACCAAUGGCAGAGCUGACGACACAGAGCUUUCGAGUGUGCCGCUUUUGGCUCGCUCUCCUAGUACCAACAGGAAGUACCCGCCCCUUUCCAUCGACAAGCUGGAAGAGGAAAUGAACCGCCGAAUGGCCGAUGACAAUAAACUCUUCCGGGAAGAAUUCAACUCGUUGCCUGUAUGUCCUAUUCAGGCCUCAUGUGAUGCUGCCUCGAAGGAGGAGAAUAAGGAGAAGAACAGAUAUGUCAACAUCCUGCCCUAUGAUCAUUCUAGGGUGCACCUGACGUCUUUAGAGGGUGUUCCAGACUCAGACUACAUCAACGCUUCCUACAUAAAUGGAUACCAGGAGAAAAACAAAUUUAUCGCUGCACAAGGUCCAAAGGAGGAAACGGUCAAUGACUUCUGGAGGAUGAUCUGGGAACAGAACACUGCCACCAUAGUCAUGGUGACCAAUCUGAAAGAGAGGAAAGAGUGUAAAUGUGCUCAGUACUGGCCCGACCAGGGAUGCUGGACCUACGGAAAUAUCCGCGUGUCUGUGGAGGACAUGAUGGUUCUGGUUGACUAUACCAUCCGCAAGUUCUGCAUUCAGCAGGUGGGUGAUGUGUCCGGUAAGAAGCCUCAGAGGCUGGUCACACAGUUUCACUUCACCAGCUGGCCUGAUUUCGGGGUUCCUUUCACUCCCAUUGGCAUGCUGAAGUUCCUUAAGAAGGUCAAGACCUGCAAUCCACAGUAUGCUGGACCCAUAGUGGUUCACUGCAGUGCGGGUGUCGGCAGGACGGGGACCUUCAUCGUGAUAGAUGCUAUGCUGGACAUGAUGGGGGCGGAGAGAAAGGUCGACGUCUUCGGAUUCGUCACACGGAUCAGAGCCCAGCGCUGUCAAAUGGUCCAAACCGAUAUGCAGUAUGUGUUUAUAUUCCAAGCUUUGCUAGAGCACUACCUGUACGGAGACACAGAGUUAGAAGUGACGUCUCUGGAGUCUCACCUGAAUAAGCUGUACGCUCCUUUACCUGGAGCUGGCUGUGGAGGCCUGGAGGCAGAGUUUAAGAAACUUACCUCCAUUAAAAUCCAAAAUGACAAGAUGAGAACAGGGAACUUGCCUGCCAACAUGAAGAAAAAUCGUGUUUUGCAAAUCAUUCCAUAUGAGUUUAACAGAGUGAUCAUCCCUGUAAAACGAGGGGAGGAGAACACCGACUACAUCAACGCCUCUUUUAUAGAUGGUUAUAGGCAAAAGGACUCCUACAUGGCAUGUCAGGGACCUCUGCAGCACACUAUUGAGGACUUCUGGAGAAUGAUCUGGGAGUGGAGAAGCUGUUCUAUUGUUAUGCUGACCGAGCUGGAGGAGAGAGGACAGGAGAAGUGUGCGCAGUAUUGGUCUAGUGAUGGUGUUAUGGUUUGCGGGGACAUCUCUAUUGAGUUGAAGAGGGAGGAGGAAAGUGAAAGCUACACUGUUAGGGACCUCCUCGUCACCAAUAACAGAGAAAAUAAGUCUCGGGCUGUGAGGCAGUUUCAUUUCCACGGCUGGCCAGAGGUGGGCAUCCCGUCUGACGGGAAGGGUAUGAUCAACAUCAUCGCUGCCGUUCAGAAACAGCAGCAGCAGUCUGGAAACCACCCAAUCACUGUGCACUGCAGUGCCGGAGCAGGGCGCACGGGGACAUUCUGUGCUCUGAGCACGGUCCUGGAGCGGGUGAAGGCCGAGGGCAUCCUGGACGUUUUUCAGACGGUGAAGAGUCUAAGACUACAGAGACCGCACAUGGUGCAGACACUGGAGCAGUACGAGUUCUGCUACAAAGUGGUCCAGGAAUACAUUGAUGCCUUCUCUGACUACGCCAACUUCAAGUAAAGCCCCGCCCACCUGCAGAAGACCGCACAGACUUUCCCAGUCAUGCACUCGCGUCCACACGUUCACAAAAACGCCGCUAAAUGAGACAGACUGCCAGCGCAAAGCAAAAGGGAAUGAGAAUCCUUUGGCCGGCAAGCACGAGAACACGUUGGUGCUGAAGAUGCAAAGAAAACACCAUUAGAGAUGCCUUCUUGAAUAUUUUGUAAUAUUGCUCUUGUUAAUAAGGCCCUUACCCAUUUCUCUCAGUGUAAAUAUGCUCUUGUAUUUUUGUUUCGUUUCGUUUGUUUGGUUUUAGAAGCCGUUUUUAGUGUGACCUUAAUAUAGUUUACUGGUAUAUAAAUGCAUAUAUGAAUAGCGCUAUAGAGACGGGCGUGAAAGAGAGGUAGCAAGAUUAGGGUGCUUUUCACUGGGUGUUUCAACAAGAACUUCCUUCUUUCUCUGCAGUUGAGUGACUGAAACCUAUUUGAAUGGCAGCUUAAUCCCACUUGCCUGUAGCUACAUAGCACACAACAUGGCAAAAUCAACCAAUUGUGGUGCUUGAGCGAUUGUAAAUGCGUGCAUUCGCAGAAAACCCUUCACUGUGCUCUUCCAUUGUUUGCUGGAGUGACAGAUAUCAUUUUGAGUGUUUUGACACUCUCAGUGAGUUCAUUUUUUAUUUUUUAUUUUUGCUGGGACCGUUUUUUGCGGUGUGACUAAGCAUCACUUAGAUUUGAAAAUGUGAAGCGUCCGUUUUGUUAGAAAGUGUGCCAGACCCGACUUGUUCUGCCUCGGUCCAAACUAGACAAUGGUAGAGGAAGAUAAGAUUAAAAAGACAAAAAAAGAGGAAACCCAGAGAAAUUCAGUUUUUCUUUUGAUGUUCUGUUCCCUUUUUGAAUCUCACGAGGGUUUUUGUGUCAAGUUUCGUUCCAUGCUUUUUACACAAACAUCUUUUCUUGUCAAGAUCGCUCUAAAAGCACUUCCUGUAUAUGCAAAUGUAACCAAGAAAGUGAUGUUUACAUGCCCAGAUGUCUGAUAAUUGGCCUUAACAACUGUGCUUGACAAUAAGGUUUCGGUGUACAGGCAUUUACUUUUCCUUCAUUUGAAGAUAAAUGAUCCCACCGGCCCAUCUAUUUGCAAGGUACUGGUGCAAAGUUGAUCCAGAAAGUUCUAGUAGAUAUGACCCAAGAUGGCCUGAUCAUCUGUUCCUGCCCAUGUAAAGGACUUCAGCCGUCGUGCCGAAGUCAACGAGCCCUUUCCAGCUCCACUGAGCCAGAUAGAUUGAUAAAUUAUGUUUUCAGCCGUCAGCGGUUCUCCAAGCAAAAAGAGCAGGUCGAUGGUAUGAAUGAGGACGUGUAUUGUCAUUUUAACUAGUGAAAACAUCAAAAGCAAGUUAUUUUCCAGCGACUGUUUUAUGUACCAGUAGGUUAAGCCCUAUUAACCUGUAGGUUAAUGCAUUGACAGUCACCCAUCUGUCACUUUCCAUGUCAACAGGGUUCUCAAUGGAAACUGUUUUUUUUUAUAUAUUAUUACAGAUCCAUGAUGUUCUGAAUUCUGAAUAACGGAUUUCUAUUACAGCUUUCCGUGGGCUUCAUUUGAAGAUAUUCCAAUAAGUGCUGAUGGAUUUGCUUGAAUGUUGUGUGAGUCGACUGUUGUGAUUUGCUAACCCUUGCCACAUAGCAGCAGGACACUGUGCCAAUAGCAGCAGGAACCUUCUUCAGAGGUGGGAAAGUGCCUCUUCAUGUUCCUCUAGCUUUAAGCUUAUUGCCGCCUGCUCGUUUGUAGCCCAUGUUCUCCCAAUCCAUUGGGACAUUGUGGCCUGUAUGGCGUAUGAUAAUCUGUAAUGGAACCCAAAUAGUUACUUGGUCGGUUACUGUUUUUGGUGUUUUUUAAGCUUUUUUUCUUCUUCUUCUUUGCUUCCAUACUAUAUCCUGGAGGAAGCACCAGACUUUAGGUCAAGUUCCUCAAAAUCUAAGCUCUUAAUGUGCUGAGAGCAAUCUAGUUCUUCUGGACAAGAAAGGGAAGCCACGUGUCUGGUAGCUCACUUCAUUCUUCUGUCGAAUGUGACAUUGAAAUGGCCUGCUUGGAUAAGCAAAAGAUGACAACAAGACUGAAAAGUAAAGGAAAUUAAAAUUGAGGAUUUUGUCUGAAACCUAUCUCUUUGAUCGGAUCGGAUCGUUUCUAAAUCUCAAUUUACAGCCUGUUUUACAUUCCAUAAAUCCUAAAAACGUCCCUCUGUUUAUGCACCCUUCUGUACAUAAUGUAAGGUUAUUUAUAUUACAUUCCUAUCUGUUGCCUUGCUUUUGUUUUAUAUUUUUCUUUCACUCGUUUUUUUUUUUUUUUUUUUAAGAUACUUGUAUAUUAAACUGUACUGGGACCAUUUUGAAUAUUAGAUUUUCCCCCAUUUUAAAUUCGGUAUUAUUGUCUUAAAAUCUUAUUUUUUUUUUUAUUUACAUCUGUUUUUUUUCUUCUAGUGUUAUUCAAAUUUGAAUAUAUAUGUAUAUAUAAUUAUAUAUAUGAUGCAAAUGAUAUAUAAUUAUAUAAUGCCAAAUGGCCUUUCUAAACAAGAUACUGUUCAAACCUAAUAAAAGUGCUUGAGAUUUUAUCUGCAGUCAUUUUACUUUGUGUAAAAUCUCUAAAACAUUAGAAAUACAUGUAUACAUAUGUAAUAUGUACUCUAUACCAUUCAAAAGUUUUUUUGUUUUUUUUUUACUUUUACUUUGGUGUCGAUGAAUUAAAUUGAUCUAUAGUGACAGUAAAACAAAUAUACACUGAACAUUAAAAAUGUCAAAGCAGCACAUUAGAAUGAUUUCUGAAGGAUCAUGUGACACUGAAGACUGGAGUAAUGAUGCUGAAAAUUCAAGUGCCAUCACAGAAAUAAAUUACUUAUUAAUAUUUAAAAUAAAUAAAUAAAAAAUAUUGAAAUAAUAUUUGACAAUAUUACUGUUUUGACUGUGUUUUAAUAAAUGCAUAUUUUGUGAGUGUUCUUUCUCUGUGAGGCUUGAUCCCCGAGGGGACAUUCAAGGAGAGUGUCACGUCACCUUGUCUCCCAUCCUUCCUGGCCCUUUAGACCUGAGAUGUGAUCGGAUUAUCACUGGAGACCCCGCUGCGUGUUUAAAUACCAUGUGACAGGAGUUCAAUCAGAUCUUGAAACUCUGUGAUGAGUCAGUCGUACACCGUCCGUCACACUCUUUGCUCUGAUCACCCCGAGGGAAGACUUGUGUGGAAUUAAGACCAAAGUCAGGCUGGAGUGUUUGCACAGUGUUUUUCUCUCUGGGCCACCGUGCGUUUCAUGCGGGUCGGGGGUCACAACUGAUGGAUGUGAGGUCACACUGGGCACUUUUUACAGCUUAGAGGAAAUGAGCUAGACAUUUGCUUUCGUAAAAGGACAUGCUCAUCAAGAAUGUGUGAUAUUGGGGUCACUGGAGUUGCCAAGUUAAAAAAAAAAAAGAAUAUUCUAUAUAUGUAUGAUAAAUAUUGACAAUGUUCCAGUUUAGAUGGCUGGUGGUGCAAUAAAUGUAGAAUUUCUUAAAAGCCUACACUUCACUGUUCAUUAAUAUAUAAAUAAAUAAAUAUAAUGCUGA